AAUACUACACAAAUAGUGCUAUAUGAAAAUUCGACAUGCCGGUAGCUUUAAGUACAUUGAAGAAUAAAGAUUGGGAAGGCGCCGGUCCAAUUCUCAAGGAAUAUUAUGAAAAUAUACAGUCUGGAAGCAAAUUGGAAGAAGACGAUUUAGACGCUUGUGUCGACGCUACCAAGCAUUAUUCAUUAGAAAUUCGAUCUCUGGCCCUCCGACUACUCUCUUAUCAAUACCAAAAGAAUGUUAACGAUGAACAUGUGAUUAAGAGCAUUGUGAAGUCCCUAAGAGGACCAAAUUUAUUAGAUCUGCGAAUAGAUACUCCAGAAAAGGAAAGUGAGGACAAUAAUCCUUACGUCCUGCUUCACAAUAACUUGACAUUAUCGAUUGGAUUAUUGCAAGAACACGCAGCCGAUCACUUAAUGCCAAUUUUCAAGCCAGUUGCUUUAUAUAUUGCAAACAGCUUAAAGAGUAAUAUUCUUCAAAUUCGCCUGGGUGCUGUCAACUAUCUAAGGCAAUUACAGAAUCCUCCUGUACCUUCGCAGUGUUUGUCCCAAUGGAGUAGUGCUUUUCUAUCAGUUCUCGAUCAAGUUAUCCCAUCAUUGAUAGACAACAUAGCGUAUGCCGAUGAUUUGGUUGAGUAUACGAUAAAUUCUAAUAUUUCGUUAAAUGAUAUUGAACCGCCAAAAAACAUCAAUGACUUGAGUAAUUUAAGGAAUUGGUCAGCCCUAGCCUUCGAGAAUUUAGCCAGUCUCUUGCAAACCGAUGUAGCUUUAGCAGCCAAAGGUCCUAUCUCUUCUGGACUAACGUCAAGAGAUUGGAAGAAGACUGAAGCAUCUCUUCUAGUGACGGCCGCUUUUUGCCAAAGUGUCUCUUCCCGCCAGCCACGAGUAAUGAAAGACAUCUACGAUUUAGCUUUAUCAACUGCUGGUCAAGCUUUAGCUUCUACCGAUCCUCUAUUAAAAGCAGGGUGUUGUUUUGCUCUCCAAACAUUGCAUUGUUGUAAGGCGGACCAAAAGACAAAUAGUGAAUGGUGGACCAAGUUAAUGAAAGCAUCACCAAGUUUAUUGUCAGAUCACUGUGCCGAAGUGAGGGAGAGUUCUUUACGAGCCUUAACUUCAGUGCUCGCAUACGGUAAUCGAGAUAUUAGUUCCUACGCUCAGAAAUUGAGUAGUGGUCUUCGUAAAUCUGAAAAUUUAUUUAACGGAAGUGGAAGAUUCACAUUUUUCGAAUGCUGCGUUCAUUUAGUCGCCAGAUGCGGUAUUCAAUUCGAUGAUGAAGGAUCGUCCUUGUUAAGGCCACUUGUCGAUUAUUUUCUAUCUCUACAGCUCACUUCCGUACCGGUUGAAGAACUGUUAUUAGUCGUUCAACCGAUUUGUCUUGCUGCUAUAUUCAGUGGACCAGUUUUUAGCAACUAUAGGGAAAGUAUAGUCGUUAAAAUUCAACGAUUUCUGUGUCAAGAUUUUAAUGGUAAUUGGACAAACCAAGAGGACGAAAAUCGAUUUAUAGCAAUUAUCGAUACAGUUAGUGCAUGUCUGGAAAGCUCUACCGAACCUCUCCCAUCCCUCAUUACAGAUAAACUUAGUAAUUGUAUAAUUAGAACGCUGAAGAAAGAAAAUCCCGAAAAUAUACUCCAAUCUUCCAUUGCUUUUGUUGGAAAUCUCUCAAGGACCAACUGGUCUGCCGUCAAGCAGCAUAGUUCUGAAUUAAUAAAGUGUCUGGAGGACUUUUCAUCAAGUUCAAAUCAAGAAAUUCGAUCGAAUUCUUAUUGGACGCUUUUAUCCGUAGUAAACAAUAUCGACGAAUGUUGCUUUGGAGAAGAAUUCAUUUCAAAUCUGACCGAGAAUAUCAAAAAAAAAGAGGAAGAUUUCUCAUCUAUGUCUCUAUUGGUAACAAUCUCUGAACGUUGGCCAAAAAUGGGAAAAGCUCGUAGUCUUUUAACUACUCCUGAUACUUUUCAAGUAAUUUGUAAAAGUCUUAGAAGAGAUUGGCCAAGGGAAGAAGAUCGAAUUCGAUUAGUUGAAGGCCUAUGCAAAAUAAUCGGUGGGAAGAAUGUUAGGUGGAUCAAUAAAGAUUGUUGGGAACAUUUCUUAGUUGCUAUGGCCACAAUGGAAACCAAAAAAGAAACAUCAGAGCGUAUAAGGCAAACCCUACACGAUGCCCGAGCGUCUCUAGGUAAUGCGACCUGGAGUAGAUUGAUGCAACAGAUGGGUACCAAAGGAGCAUUUGCAUUAAGAAAGAAAUAUCAAUUAUAUUAG